GCUUGACGACACAACAUCAGUUUAUUUACCCAUCUCGCUCGUCAACUAAGCAUUGCCACAGUAUGCCCGAUAGAUAAAAGUACCUUGACUCGUAUACGCAUGGCGUCUCACCCAUGAGAAGAAGAGUCUCCCUCUGCGUAACACUACACCACCCUCCCCAUUGUCCCUAUGCCCGCCCUGUUAUACCGUUUCCUCAUGCCCUCUCGACGAUAGCCACCGUGGCUACUUCUCCAUACAUAUCUCACGGGCCGUUAGGAAUCAAGAUUAUGCAGUCAUAUUGUUUGAGGUAGUCGUGCCUGUUGCCCGGAUGCAUCUAUACAUGUCACACACGCUACAUCCCAACGCGCUCAUACGAAGGCCUGAAUACCGGUAAUGGCCCGACCGAGGAUGAGGCCUGGGAAAGACAGACUGGUUAGAAAAACAGAUUUCAACCUCACGCAAGGCCACCGGGGAAAGACUCACUGUGGAUGUCGC